UUGUUUUAAGAAGUUAAGCAAAUAACUAUGUGGGUUCCCCUCCAUUAUAAUCUUACCGAAAAGUAGAUCACUGUCUUGAUCAAUGUAUUUAUAUCUCUUGCAGUACAAAUACUGCUUGACGUCCAGAGGCUUUUGUGAGUGAAAACCAAGUAGGGAAGUAACUUGGAAGCAGUGUUGUAUGUUCUGUUCAGCAGUACUUUUUCUUAGUUAAUCAUGGAUGCUACUGGAAUAGCAGCGAGUGGGAAGAAGGCUGGGUUGACUGUGCUUGAAAAGACUUGCGUACUGCCUAGUAGGCCAUCUGAGCGGAAGUACUGUGAUCUCAUAACAUUUGAUCUUCCUUAUGUUACUUUUCACUAUAACCAGAAGGUUAUCAUCUAUCCUUCACCAAGCAAAGGAUUUGCUUCCAUGGUGGAAGCUCUGAAGAAAAGCCUCUCAGAAGCUCUGGCCUAUUUCUACCCUCUUGCUGGGAGACUGUGUAUGGAAGAUGGGAUUCUUAUGGUUGACUGUAAUGAUGCGGGAGUGGACUUCAUACAAGCUUCAUGGAAUGCUGUGGCAGUUGGGGAUCUGGUAGGGCCAGACUCCACUCCUUUGAUGGAGGACAUUGUUCCUUUCAAUGAUACCCUUAACCUAAAUGGGUUUUUCCUUCCUAUGGUUGCAGUUCAGGUAACAAAACUCAAAGAUGGAGUUGCACUAGGAAUUGCCUUCAAUCAUUUGAUACUGGAUGGGUGCUCCACCUGGCAUUUUAUGAGCUCCUGGGCUGAGAUCUGCAGGGGCUCCAAGACAAUAACCCUGCCUCCUACACAUGACCGUGCUUUGAUUAGAGAUUCCAAGGUCAACCUGAAUAUUACUCCUCCAAGCAGAGACUCUGCAAUGAAUGGCACCCAUAUGGACAAACCCCAACUGAGAGGAAAGAUAUUCCAUUUCAGCAAGGAAAUGAUGAAUACUAUCAAAAGUAGGGCUAACAAGAAUAAAGAAGGCAAACCCUUUUCUUCCUUUCAGUCUCUGGGAGCCCAUAUUUGGAAGGCAGUCACAAAGGCCAGAAAAUUGGCCCCAGAGGAGAUAACAGUAUUCACUCUCUUCAUAGACUGCAGGAAGAGGCUUGAGCCUCCUGUGCCAGAAGGCUACUUUGGUAAUGUUAUUCAAGGCAUUUAUGGUGCAACUGCUGUGGCUUACCUCCUCUCUAAUGAUCUGUCAUUUGCAGCAAAUAUGCUACAGCAGGUGAUUGACUCCCAUGGAGCCAAGGCCAUCGCUGAGAAGAAUGAAGAAUGGGAGAAGAAUCCCAAGCUUUAUGGGUUCAGUGAUGCAGGAAUGAACUGCAUUACAGUUGGUAGUUCCCCUAGAUUUCAAGUUUAUGAGAAUGAUUUUGGAUGGGGUAAGCCACUGAAAGUCAGAGGUGGGUGCAAUAAUAAGUUUGAUGGCAUGGUUUAUCUUUAUCCUGGUAAGGAUGAACAAGCCAGUGUGGAUGUGGAUAUUUCUCUACUGCCAGAGACCAUGGAAAUGCUGGAGUCUGAUGCUGAAUUUCGUUUGGCAAAGUGAACAAGAAUUUUAGUUUCGUGUUUUAAAUACUACAUCUUGAAGCCAAGAAUGGAAAAUAAAUUGCUUUAGUUCUGAUCCAUAGCUUUGAACUCCAAGUAUCUUAGGGAAUAUAGUGUUUAUGUCCUAAUUGUUGUUUCUGCUUAGUUAAAUAAAGCGUGCUAGUUUUCCUGCCCCCUUCCAAAGCUAGUUUUGCAUGGCAAUGGACAAAUGUAUGCAGUGUUUACAGUUAUAUCAAAUAAUUCGGGUAUUAGUCUAUAA